AUGUGCACUGCUCUAAAUGAUCACAUGCGCAUAGGUGAAGAUCGGUGGCACGCAAGACAGACUGCGGCAGUGCGGUGGCACGAUGCGGGGUCCAUCUUUGAUGCGUUCGCCUCACCUGGCCCACCCAACAGGAGUCCACGCAUGCUACCCUUGGACUUCGGGCAUCUAUGCGAGCGAUUGAGGCGUGCUCAAGGCCGAGGUCCAAAUCCGGAACAGGACAGACGCGGCUUCGCAGACUUUGCCUUCGCGUCUGUAUUCGGCAGCGCGGCAGAUGUGGACAGGGCCACAUUCGUUCGGCUUUUUCCGCAUUUUGCAUUGAUGCUGCAGGAACUCGAGGAUGCUUUCGAGCGUGGCGACUAG